AUGAGCAACGCCGCCAUCGUACCAUGUUCCAGCCUUAAGAUGGCAGGUUUAAUAGUAGCCAUUGUCGAGAUGUUUCUUGUGGUUCUAUCUGUCUAUGGUCUGCUACGUAAUCUUCACCUGUUCGGAUCCAGUUAUCUAUUUUGGUUUAUUCUUGGAAUCUUUUCCGUUAUUGUAAUCAUCUUCGCUAUUGCACUUAUGCUUUAUGCAAUCAAAAAAGAGAAAGCACGUUGGCUCAUCCCUCAUUUGAGUGCGCAGGUUUUCCUCAUCCUGUUCCUCAUCAUCGUCGCUAUCGUUGUCGCCAUUCUACUGCUAUUUGGUGCAUAUCGUGGCAUUCGAAACCUACUGGGCGUCUACGACUACCAUAUGAGCGAUGACUCAACAUUCCUCCUCGGAAUCAUGAUUAUCGUCAUCUACCUUUUCGUGGCUAUUCUGGAAAUUUUCUUCUUGAUCAUCGUCUGGAAACUUUACAAGCAUCUACGGGAUUACAGCAGCAUUGACCAUUAUUAUGCUGACGACAAAAAUGUACAAUGGACAACUAUCGGUUUACCUCCAAAGGACAAUGCACAUGGAUCACCGACGAUGGGCGACGUAUAUCCAUAUGGACAACAACAGCAAGGGAACAUGUUGUAG